AUGGGCUCCUCCGACUUCCUGUCACCACUGCCGCUGGAUUUACUCCUACACCUCUUCUCGUUUCUAGAUCCCCUCCAUAUUAUCGCUCUGAGAAAAACAUGUAGAACUUUACAUGAAGCCACGUUGCAACGCCAGGUUUGGUUGAACACCCUCCGACGCGUUUGUGUUGCGAAUUCCGUCUUCGCGCCCUCUUUUCCUCUCACUGAGAUGACCUUAUUGGAGUUAGAACAUGCUGCUGUCGUACCCUCGUUGUGGCGAUCCAUCGGCUCGGCCAAGCAUGAUGAUCAGCCGUACAGGACUAAGCGUACCCUUCGCGGACCUACCAGCCAUGGUGACGACGGCAUAACUACGUGGGGCGACACUCUAUCUGACUUAUUCCUCGUUCCUGGUGGUCGAUACCUAAUCCUUUUUUUUGACCACCUAAUGAGUGUGUACGACCUUGGAAUUACGCCGGAUACCUUAUUGGAUUGCAAUACUCGACUUCUUGCAUCUGUGGAAAUUCAAUUCAAGUGGCUGUUUCUGGUUCACCCCAGCCCAGAUGGAUCAGCUCUUCGUAUUUGUGUUUCGGAUGAGCUUGCUGAAGACGAGGAUGAACAAAUAGGUCAAAGUGCACAGUGGGUCAUGUCUCAUAAUUUCAGCCAAGUUGCCCAGUUCUUAUUCAAAUCAGAUCUUUUUCUACGGAAUGACAUCCUGACAGUAUGGGAUUUUGUAGCCGACACGUCAGCAACGUGGCGCGUCGUAGGCGAAUUUCAUCAGAUCAUCAUCGCCAGUGACUCGAUUAUUUUAUUUGGGAGUACAUGCGUUUCCGUGUGGCACAAACCAGCUCUUCUGCCUCGUGAUCGUGCAGAUACCACCUUGUCAUAUGUGGAUGUCCCCAUCAUCCACCCACUCUUCCAAAUCGAUUAUCCUGAAUGCAUGCCCCCCUUAGACGAUACCCUGCAGGCAGAAUCUUCUAUUCAAGGGCCUUGGGACUGGUAUAGUACGGAGCCUUGGUGUUGGUGUUACGACACUGUUCUCCAAAGGGAAGCCGGCUUUGCGAUCUCGCGCUAUUUGGUAGCCUUCAACAAGGAUAUGACUGGGGGCACCAUCAAAAAGACCGCAUGCUAUGAGCUCAGGACGACUCUAGAAAAGGAUUUUUUCAUUGAACCCUACCGUGUAUGCCACGAUCAGCUAGUUAUGUCCUGGACUGAGAGAUCUGGCAUCAUCAAAAUCCACACGUCCGCAUUCUCUCAGGACACCGUAACUCCGGGGGAUAACGAGCUGGCGUUGAUGCUUGAGGAAUGGAAAGCCCCAGCUCUUCCCCACCAGCCGAACGCGCGGGGGCUCGAAGGGAUGGCCCCCUUGCCCAUGGAAACUCAGGUCUCUGGAUACAUAAUCAUCUGGCAUGAAGCAGAAUCCCUUUCUCCUCGUGAAAUUGCUGACCUUGCAGAUGUUCAAUUUGCCGUGACAAAAAACCCUGAGGGUAACAGGUACAACAGAAGCAAACACGAAAUUACGAUUCACGCUGUUCAAACGGCAGUGAAAGACACUGUAGUCCGUACUACAACUUCUGAACGCCAGGUGUCAUUGGCUCAAACGUAUCGGCAGUCCCCGAGCACAUCUGAGCCAGGUCACAGUACCCCCCUUGUUGGAAUUUCGGGAGCUUUUGCGAGCAUGUGCAAUGCACCUGUGACCUGA